CAAUACAUAUAUUUUACACCUUUCAAAAACGUCCUCACUUUCCAGACUGUCUUAACUUUUACAAAAUAUCUUACCUCCAGAAAUAUCCUAACUUUUCCAAAUAAUUCUAAUUCUCUAAAAAUGUCAGAAUUCUAGGAUUCUAAGUUUCCUCCUUUUUCUAAAUAGCCCUCACAAUCAAAAAUUUUGACUAAACUUCCAAAAUGUCCUGACUUUACCAAAUAUUUGUCGCUUUUGAAAACUGUUCUCACUGAUCUGAAAAUGAUUAUAGUCCCCACAAAGAUAGAAAUGCAAUAUUUUACACACACUUUGGCUGCAACUGAGCUUGGAGGGGAGAGUGGGGAGUGGUUUUUUGGCUCAGCAGGUUUGGGAGAGACAGAGAGGUGUGGUCACCAGCCUCCAAAACCGAUCCUCCCUUUGUCGUUCGUUGCAGUCUGCACCGGAGGGCCCGAAGGACCGGGUCGUACAGGUGGAGAGAGCCGUCUGACUUUCCCCCGGUAGUUUCCACACAGUCGCUUCUGCUGCCGCUUGCUAGACUUCAGCAUGAGUUACUACGGGUCUCAGCAGGCCCUCAGCAUGAGCCGCAGGGUCGGGUCCAAGAGCGACUUGACCGCCGGAGGGGGCUUCCAGUACGCACGGAGCGAGGUGGUACAUGGAGGUGGGAAUGGAUACGACCCGUACAUGGAGGGAUACAAAACCGUCACUUAUACAAAGUCCUCAAAAGGCGGAAUGUCAGGCGGGAUGUCAGGCGGAAUGUCAGGCGGGAUGUCGGGCGGAAUGUCGGGCAGCAUGGGAGGCGGAAUCAGUGGCUCCGGUCUCAGUGGCAUCCACCAGAGGGCCAUGGCCCUGCAGGCCCAGUGCCAGGAGUACCUGAAGAAAGCUGAAUACGCCCUACAGACUGGUGGUGCUCCCGGCGACGCAGAGCGCUACAUGAUGAUGGCCAAAGAGACGAUCGAGCAGCUGAAGAUCUGCGCAAUGGACCUGAAACAAGUGGGACAGCCGAACGACAGCGUAGUCAGGAAUGUGGAGAUUUUUAAAGACCAGCUGAGGGGGGUCCACAUGGCCAUCUCAGGCACCAUGCAGAGGAGGAGGAGUACCAGAGGGAGCUCUGGAGGCUGGGAGGAGCCUGGAAGGAACUUUCAAGAUGCUCUCGCCUGGAUUGCACAGCAAAAGCGUCUGAUUGAAACUGCUUCCUGGGGGGACGAUCCUGCAGCCAUUGAGCAGCAGUUACACAGCCACCAGAAGUUUCACAGCUCCAUCCAGAGGAGCCUGGAGAUGGACCGAGCCAAGGACGACCUGAUUAAGAAAGGAGACAAAGGAAACCUUCACGCUCUGGAGCAGGAAUGGGACAGUCUGCAGCAAAUGUCAUUUGGUCGGACUCAGCAGCUGCAUGACCUCAAGGAGAUCAUUCAGGAAAUAUCUAAAGAGAUCAUGUGGGUGAACGACAGGGAGGAGGAGGAGCUGGUGUUCGACUGGGGAGACAAGAACAUUGAGCAGUACAUCCCUAAGAAGCAGGAGAGCUACUCGAAGCUGAUGAGUGCCCUGGAGGACAAAGAGAAGGACCUGAACAAACUGAAAGCCAAAGUGGAUACACUCCUGAAGAACGACCACCCGGCCUCAGACAAGAUUGAGGCUUAUCAAGACACCCUGCAGACUCAGUGGAGUUGGCUCCUUCAGAUUACAAAAUGCAUCGAUAUUCAUCUGAAGGAAAACGCAGCUUACAACCAGUUCUUCAAAGAGGCCAAUGAAACGUUCAGCACUCUGCAGAAGGAACAUGAGGGCGUUCGUAAGAAGUUCACCUGUGACAAGAACACUUCUCUGGACAACCUCCUGGAGCUCCUCAAGGGUCUGGAGAGAGAGAAGGAGAAGAUUAUGGAAAACAAGAGGCAGGUUCAACAUCUGGUCAGCAAGUCAAAGAGCAUCGUGAGACUGAAACCCAGAAACCCAGAGGAGAAGAGCAGCAGCCCUGUCAUCGUCAAGGCUCUGUGUGACUUCAAACAAGACCAGAAAGUGAUCUGCAAGGACAAUGAGGCCAUCCUGAAGGACAACAGUCAGCGCAGUAAGUGGGAGGUCACUGGCCCAGGAGGACUCGAUAUGUUGGUGCCGUCUGUGUGUCUGAUCAUACCGCCACCCAACCCGCUCAGUGUCAGCCUCGCAAACAAGAACGAGCAGUACUAUGAGUCCAUCCUGUCCAUCUGGAGUCAGCUCUACAUCAACGUGAAGAGUCUCAUCGCCUGGCAGUACUGUCUCCUGGACAUCAGCCACAUCAACUCCCUCACCAUCUCCAUGCUGUCCAAGAUGCGUCCUGAAGAGUAUCGCCAGCUUAUCAAGAACCUGGAGACUCACUACGAGGAGUUCAAGCUGGUCUGCCAAAACUCCCAGAUGUUUGCUGAUGAUGACAAGAGAAGCAUUGAGAACCAAUACAACGGGGCCCAGACCCACUAUGACCAGCUGGUGGUGCAGCUGCCUGCUUACAUUGCACAUCUGAAGCAAAUGGAACAGCAGCAACAACAGCAGAUUAUUAUAAUACAGCAGCAGGAACAGCAAACUGUUGCCGACGCAGAGGCCAUGAGGCUCGAGGAAGAACGACGGCUAGCGGAGCUGAGAAAACAGGCGGAGAGGAAAACGGAGGUGAAGAAGAAGGAAGUGAAAGGGACCAAGACGGAUCAGGGGAAGAAAAAAGUGACGUCUCGCAGCCUAUCGGAGCUGUACGCGCUCAGACUGAGGCUGGAGAGCGCUGAGAGCUUGCUCAGUCAGCACGUCUGCCUCAUCUGCCUCGGAGAAGAUGAGGUGCACAACUGUGGCCUCAGGAUCACAGAGUUACAGACGGUGCAGCGUGACGUUGAAUUGAUGCGUAAGGACUACUUGAGUCUGAAGGAGAGUAUCCUUAAGGAGCUGGAGGGCAUGAAUGAUGCAGAUAAAGCCAAUUUCCUCCGCAAUGAGAUUGAAGUCAUCGACCAAAGACUGAGCAGUCUGGAUAGCAGCUCUUCAUCUUCCUUACAGAGGCUGCAGGCUCUAAGGGACAUGCUGGAGAGUGUGGCACAAGCUGAGGACAUAGUGAAAGUUCAUGAAGCGAGACUGACAGAGAAGGAGACCACUUCUCUGUCACCCAGUGAAGUGGAGGAUUAUAUAUUGACCCUGGAGAGUGUUAAAGCAGAGCUGGAACAGAAAAAGGAUGCUCUGGCCUCCAUGGAGGCAGAGUUUGCCAAAGUGAGCCACUGCAGCAGCCACGUGGGCGGAGCCUUCCACAGGUGUCCCAUCAUGCUGUCAAAACACACAGAGCAGGUGGGGCUGCUGUCAGACCGCUGGAGACGGAUCCUGGGACAGAUUGAUGUCAGGCUCCAGGAUCUGCAGCUGUAUCUGCCUCAGCUGCAACACUACAAGCAAACCAGCUCCUCCCUUUCUGAAUGGAUCGAUGCAACACGGAAAAGACAGGACGUCUUGCAGGCCACCAAGAUUGAGAGCGUCCAGGCACUAAGGGACCACAUUAACACCCAGAAGGAACUGAAUGCAGAAAUCAAAGCAAAGAGGGAGACAGUAGAGAGUGUGCUUAAGGACAAUGUGGCCUGUGUGAACUCCAUCAAGGACUAUGAAACAGACCUCGCCUCAUACACAUCUGGGUUAGAGACUUUGUUCAACAUCCCCGUCAAGAGGACAAUGCUGAACUCCCCAUCAGUGGAUCUUCAUCAGGAGGCUAUACAGCUACAGACCCGUUACAUGGAGUUGCUUACCCUGUCUGGUGACUACUACAAAUUCCUGGGAGAGUUGCUCAUAAAAAUGGAGGAGCUCAAGAUUUGUAACACCAGGAACGAGGUGUUGGAAGAGGAACUUCGCCAGCUGAGGGAGAAAAUCCAAGAUCGCGACGCCAAGAACAGAUCCCUGGAAGACGAACUCGCCAGCUACCAGCUGCAGGUGACCACGUGCCAGGAAAAGAUGCUGUCGAUUGAAGAGGUGGAGCGCACCACGGCGAUGCAGUGCAAUGCCACCAAGGAAAGCCUGGACACCACUCAGAGCCAGCUGACAGACCUCAACGAUCAGGUGACACGACUCACCUACCUGCUUGAGGAGGAAAAGAGAAAGAAGAGGCUGGCAGAGGAGCGCUACACUCAGCAGCAGGAGGAGUAUGAGUCUGUGCUGAGGAAGAGGCAGAAGGAGCUGGAGACAGUCAGCUGGUCCAAGGUGGAGUAUGAGAAGAGUGUGGCCACUAAGGAUCACGAGCUGGAACUGCUGCGGCGGCAGCUGGAUGAUGCAACAGCGAGGGUGAAGGAGCUGCAGAAGGAGAUAUCAAAGGUAAGGAGCCAAUGCAGUGAGGAGAUCAGUAACUUAAAGCUGAGCUACGAAUCCCAGAUCCACAUCAGUCGCACAGACGUCCAGAGGCUGGCGGCACAGAGGGAGGAGGAUACAACUGAGCUCCAGCUGCAGUAUGACAGGAUGGAGGCAGAGAGGAGGAAUCUGGAGGAGGAGCUCAGAAGGCUCAGGGUGUCUAUCAGCCAGACUGAGGAACAAAAAAAGAGGACAGAGGAGGAGGCUCACAGUCAGCGUGCUGUCAUCACAGAGGAAGGGCGCAGGAGGAGAGAGCUGGAAAGUCAGGUGGAGGUGCUGAUGAGGCAGAGAGACCAGGAGAGCAGUAAGUAUAGAGAAGAGCUGGCUGAGGCCAUGAACGAGCUGCAGGAGAAGAGUGAGCAGCUGGCCUACGUCACACAUAGUCUAGAGGAGGAAACCCGCAGGAGAAAAACCACAGAGGAAGGUCAGGGUGUGCUGGAACAGACUGUGGCCCAGCUGCAGGUGAAGCUAACUAAUUCAUCAAUGGCUGCGACCCAGCUGAGACAGUGCGAGGAGGAGCUUCAGAAGAUACGUGUGGAGCUGGAGAGGGAGAGCAGGGAGCGAAGCAGGGUAGAACAAAACUUGAGCAGGUUACAGGUACGCAUCAAGGACGUCCAGACCGUGAGAGACGGGCUGGAGAGCCAGGUGGAGAAUCUGAGGAAGGCUAGCCAAGAGGAAGUGGCUAGAAGACGGCAGUUAGAAACAGAGCUGGAAAAGUCCACCAAGACCAUGACAGAGUACACAAGCACCAUCGCUUCGCUUCGCCAGAGCCUAGAGCAAACCAACACAUCAGGAAAGAGAGGCGAAGAAGAGCGACUAAGGUUGCAGGAGGAGCUGGAGAGAAGCUUGAGACAAAAUAAGACCUCUUCAGAAAACACGACACAGCUGAGCACAGAGCUGAAGGCUUUGCAGAAACAACUACUCCAGGAGCAGGCCCGGGUCAAAGAGGCCAACUUCAGGAAUGAGAGUCUUUACAUAACUAUCGAGGAGAAGAGUAAAGCACUGAAUGAGAACUCCACUGAGCUUCAAAGGCUGAAGGAGAUGAUAGAAACCCAGACCAAAGAGAGGCUGAGGCUGGAAGAGGAGCUAAGGACGGCAAGACACGAUAAAGAGGAACUCUUGAGAUCCAAACAGGGAAGCGACGAUGAGCUCUCCUCCCAGAUAACGGCCCUGCAGCUGCAGCUACAGGCCACUGAGCGCAGCAAUGUAGAGUACCGCAACCUGGUGUCAGAGCUCUCCUCUGAGAGGGAGAAACUCAAGCUGGAGACUGAGAGAAUACAAAAGCAGGUCACCGAGAUAACAGCCACGAUGAAAUCCACUCAGUCCCAGUACAGUGAGAUUGUAGAGGAUAGAGAUGCUCUGUUGCUGAAAUUGCAAUUGUCAGGAAAAGACAAAAAUCGCCUCCAAACGGUUGAGGAGGAACUCAGUCGCAUUAAACUGUCCCUAGAUUCUGAGCUUCGCAACAAACAACGUCUCCAGGAGGAAAUUGAGAGGUUGAAGAGGGAUGUGAGUUACUGGAAGGACCAACAUGAGAGCCAGCAGAGCCUGAUUAGGCAAUAUGACACAGACAAGGAGAGUCUGGAGAGGGAAAAGAACAAUUUGAAGAGUGAGAUAGAUAGACUGAUGAGGGAACUCAGGGAGCUUGAGGAGAUGUAUAAAGGUAGGCUGUCGGCCAUCCAGAAAGAACUGCGAGAGAUGACCAGUGUCAGACAAACCAUGGAGACUGAGCUGAAGAAACUUAGAGAGCCCCCACCCUUGGAUGCCUCCUCUGUGAUUUUUGAAGGAGUCCGCAAACCAGUCACAGCAGACCAGUUGCUUGAUUGUGGUGUAUUGGAUAAACCAACAUUCAGCCAGCUUGCAAAGGGACAUAAAACUGUCCCUGAAGUGUCUGCCGACAAAAAAGUCAGUCUAAAAGGGACAGGCCCAAUUGCUGGAGUGGUAAUUGAAGGUCCAAAAGGUCCUGGGUCCAUGACUGGACUCCUGCUUAAACAGUCUUUCACCGAAGCCAAAAAAGAGAAUCUCCUGCCAACAGAUAGCAUUGACCUGCUGCUGGACGCUCAGGCUGCCACAGGCCACAUCAUUGACCCAAAAACCAAUCAGAAGUUGACAGUUGAUGAGGCAUAUCAACAAGGCGUAAUUGAUGCACAGGACAGAGAGAGGUUGCUUGCAGCAGAAGCUGCAGCUGUAGGAUAUAAUAGUCCUCGCACAAACAAACCUCUUUCAGCAUUUCAGGCCAUGAAGAAAGGACUGAUUGACAAGAACACAACACUGCGUCUGCUACAAGCACAGGAGUCUGUGGGGGGAAUUCUAGAUCCCACACUCAGUGUGUUCCUCCCCAAAGACACAGCCAUUGAGCGUGAUCUAAUUGAUGAUGAUAUAUAUCGUGCUUUGAAUAAGAAGCCUGAGCUCUACAUGGACCCAGAAAGUGAGGAGGGUGCAACUUAUAUGUCAUUGAAGAGGAGAUGUAAGGUCGAGCUACACACAGGCCUCCUGCUUCUUCCUGUCUCUGAGAAGACAGACGCCUCCAAACUUGUCUUCGAUGGUGUUCGGAAACCUGUCACAGCACAGCAGCUGCUUGACGUUGGGGUCCUGGACAAAGCAACAUUCAAGCAACUAAUGAAGGGUGAGAAAACUGUCGCAGAUGUGUCUGUUGAUAAGAAAGUCUUUCUGAAGGGGACCGGGUCAAUUGCUGGUGUUGCAGCUGGACCUUCAAAGAAAAUGUCCUUCACAGAGGCAAAGAAACAGAAGAUUAUGCCUUCUAACUGCGCUGACAUGCUGCUUGAUGCUCAGGCAGCUACAGGACACAUCAUUGACCCCAGAACUAAUCAGAAACUGACAGUACAAGAAGCAUGUGCCAGAGGAGUGGUGGAUAAAGAAGAUGAAUCAAAGCUGUUUGCAGCUGAGGCCGCAGCUGUAGGUUACAGAGACCCAAGUUCUGCCAAGCUUCUAUCAGCAGGCCAGGCCAUGAAGAGGGGAUUGAUUGACAGGGACACAACUUUACGUAUACUUCAGGCUCAAGAGUCUGUAGGGGGGAUUUUGGACCCUGUCCUCAGUGUAUUUCUACCCAGAGACAUUGCUAUGAAUCGGGGUCUCAUCGAUGAAGAACUAUGCCGGGCCCUGAAUAAAUCUCCUGAGUGCUAUCUGGACCCAGACACCCAACAAGCAACUACCUAUGUGUCUCUGAAAAAAAAAUGCAAAAAUGAUCCAAGCACAGGUCUUCUGCUUCUCCCUGAACCUAAAAAGCCAUUAACUGUCCAGGGGAUCAGGGACCAGGUGUCAGUCAUAGAUCUGGUGGAUGCAAACCUUCUGGAACGGCAUGAUAUGGACCAGCUGAGCAAUGGUAGACUGACGAAACAGGACAUAGAAGAUCGACUGCGCCCCUACCUGAGAGGUUCCACCUGUAUUGCAGGAGUUUAUGAUGAGGCCAACGAGAAGGUGAUGACCAUCUAUCAGGCCAUGAAAGAGGGACUGUUGCAACCAGACACCACUCUGGAGCUGCUUGAGGCCCAGGCUGCUUCAGGUUUUAUAUUGGAUCCUGUCAACAAGGUGUAUUUGAGUGUUAGUGAUGCCUAUAAUAGAAAACUGUUUGGGCCAGAGUUAAAGGACAACCUGCUCGCAGCAGAGAGGGCUGUGACUGGUUACACACUGCCUGGUACAGACAAGACAAUCUCCCUCUUUCAGGCCAUAGAGAGAGGUCUGGUGGAGAGGGGUCAUGGCAUCCGUCUCCUAGAGGCCCAAAUUGCCAGCGGUGGCAUCAUUGAUCCUGAACACAGCCAUCGUAUUGACAUCAAUGUCGCCUACAAGAGAGGUUACUUUGAUGAAAAAAUGAACAGGAUCCUGACCAGUCAGGGUGUUGAAACGAAAGGUUUCUUUGACCCCAACACAGAGGAAAACCUAACAUAUCAGGAGCUCAAGAAACGCUGUACGACAGAUAAGAAGACUGGCCUAAUCCUUUUGCCCAUCAUUGACAAGUCAAAGUCAGAGUCGACUCUGAGAAAGAGGAGGGUGCUAAUUGUUGUCCCAGAAAUUAACAAAGAGAUGACGGUGCGUGAAGCAUACGACAAAGGAUACAUUGACCACGAAACGUACCUGGAGCUGUCCCAGCAGGAGUGUGAGUGGGAAGAGAUCACCAUCACAGCUCCAGAUGGUUCCACUCAGUUUCUUAUCAAUGACAAGAUGACUGGAAGACAGUAUGACAUCACUGAACUUCUUGAAAAGCGAUUAAUUGAUCAGUCGGAUCUAGAUCGGUACCGCUCACAAGCUAUCAGCCUGAAUGAAUUUGCAGAUAUCAUCACUAAAAAGACAAGACAUCAUGGAUCAUUAUCAGUAUCAUCAUCAUCGUCAUCAUCAUCAUCAAGGCCAUCAGCAGCCUCAGCUACAUCUUUAAUGACAACAUCAUCAUCGUCAUCAUCAUCAUCGUCAUCAUCAAGGCCAUCAGCAGCCUCAGCUACAUCUUUAAUGACAACAUCAUCAUCAUCAUCAUCAUCAUCUGUCAUGUCAAGACCCUUAUCACCUACUCUUGCCAAGAUGACAACAAGAAGAACCACCACUGUCACAAAGCAAGCAGGCACAUUCAGCAGUGGUUCUCAAGACUCACCUGACUCUUAUCAGCACUUAUCCAGCAUGUCCGUCACUAUGGCCUCUCCUGUUGACACAGUGGUUGAACAGGAACCGGUGGGUGCCAUCUUUGACACAGAGACUCUGGAGAAAAUAUCCAUCACAGAGGCUCUAAAUCGUGGUCUGGUGGAUUCCAUCACUGCCCAGAGACUUCUGGAGGCCCAAGCCUGCACUGGAGGGAUCGUCAAUCCCACAAAUGGCCGUCGGCUUGGCAUCCAAGAGGCCUCUCGCCUUGGCAUAAUAAAUGAUGACAUGGCCUCUAAGUUGAAGCCUGCACAGAAAGCCUAUGUUGGCUUUGAGGAUGUAAAAACCAGGAAGAAGAUGUCUGUUGCUGAGGCCAUGAAGGAAAUGUGGCUGCCAUAUGAGGCAGGACAGAGGUUCAUGGAGUUCCAGUAUGUAACAGGUGGGCUUCAUGACCCCGAAUUGGGCUGUAGAAGAUCAAUAGAAGAUGCUUUGAACCUGGGCUGGUUGGAUGGGAGAUCACCCCAGAAGCUCCAGGACAUAAAACACCACACAAAGAAUCUGACCUGCCCCAAGAGCAAGCUUAAGAUCUCUUACAAGCAUGCUCUGGAUAACUGCCUGGUGGAGGAAAGCACCGGGGUGAAGAUGCUACAGGCAUCGUCUAUGUCUUCCAGAGGGAUUAGCAGUCCAUACAAUGUCUCCUCUACCCCAGGAUCCACCACAGGCUCUAGGAGUGGCUCACGACGAAGCUCCCGCAGAAGCAGUGUGGACCUAGGCUCCCCUGGCAUAUUAAGUACUCGCUACAGUCAUACUAGCUUCAACUAGCUUCAUACUAGCUUGUGCUAUGCACUUAUCAGGUCCUGUGCAUGCAUGCUCUUUUCUUGCAAAUUAAUCAGAUUUUGUUUGAACAUUUCAACAUAUUCAAUGUUCAACCGUGUUAAAGAAAAAAAGUGUUUUGUGUAUGAGGAGAAAAUUCAAGGUUUAACAUUUUAAAUUCCUAAACCUUUUGCAGACUUUUAGGUUUUAGCUUUGGGGUUGCUAUGCUUUUAAAAUACUACUUGAAUUGAUCAUGAGAAUGAACACUACCAAGACAUGUUUUGUGAAAAUUGACUAUAGUAUUAAUGGAUGCCAUCUUAAGGUAUUUGGAUUGAAAAUUAAGCGUAUGUUAAUAUAAUUGUUGGUGACCGUAAAAUGAGCUUAAAAAUGAUGGCCAAACUUUUGCAUACACAUAUUUCAAAUAUAUUUUUUAGAAUCUUCAUAAAAUGUAAUUUCUUUUUAAGCUUUGUAUUGGUAACAUAAAGGCGGUAUAAAAAACCUGCUUCACUAAAGAGCACCUGUCGGAUCAGCUGGAGCCAUGCAGCGCUUCCUUCUUCCUUUGUAAACUAUAAGGGUGGUAUAUUUACACGUAUUUGACACCAUAAUACCCUGUGUGCCUACAUUGUACGGGGAGGGAUGAACGGUUGGGUUGUAUACAUUAGCUCAUUAUCACUCAUUAACCAUUGGUUCCUUGCAAUUUAGUGCUUCCAGUUUUGUAACUUUCUCAUUAUCUCACAAUAAAAAGUAACCUUUUACUCAUAA